UUAGGUAGGCAAAAACUUGGCAGACUGAAUAUAAUGUAGGAGUAUACGAGCAGGAUAUUAUUCAAAUUGAGAAAGGUGCAGCCGGGAGCAGUUUGGGGUCCUUGAACGUGCAUUUAAAAACUAGCGUCCAAGUUCAGUGGGUAACAGAGAAAGCAAAUGGAAUGUGGCUCUGAUUUCAAAGCGAAUGUAGAAUCAAAGUAGGGGCGUCUUGCUAAUACUAUACAAGGCAUUAGUCAGAUUACAUUUGGAAUAGUGUGAACAGUUUUGGUCCCUUUUAAUAGGGAAAUAUAUAUUGGUAUUGAAGACAGCCAAAGAAAGUUCACUAGGUUCAUCCUAGACAUGUUGGGAUUCCUUGGAUUGAAUAGGCUAGAUCUAUACUCAAGGUUCAGAAGAAUGUGACGAGACCUUAUUGAGCGAUUCUUAGGGGACUUGACAGGGUAGUUGCAGAGAAGUUGAUUCCCUGUGUGGGAGAGUCUAAAAGCAGAGGGUGUAAUCUUUGAGCAAGGAAUUAUACAUUUAUGGCAGAGAUGAGUAGGAUUUUAGUGACAUCCUCAGUGACAAAUUUCUGGAAUUUUUUAGUGUAGCCGACUGUUGAGGCUGAGUUGUUAAGUAUACUUGAGGCUGUGAUAGGCAGAUUUCUACACAUAAAAAUAAUCAACAGUUAUGGGGAAAAGGCAGGAAAAUGAAUUCAAGGAUUAUUAUCAGCCAUGAUGUAGGAGCAGAAGUUGCUUAUUUGACCCAUUGACACUGGUCCAUAACUGACCAAGGAUGUCAAAAUGAAAUUUUGAUGACUUUUUUCAAAAAUCUGGUCAUUGUUGGAUUAGGUCUGCAUUUAUUACACAUCCCUAAUUAGAAACUUAGAGGUGGUAGAGAGCUAGCUGCUUGAGCUGCUGGGAGUCUUUUGGGUUUAGGCAUGCCCAGUGUUAAGAGAGUUCCAGGAUUUUGGCCCAACAACAAGAGUUCCAAAUUAAGAUGGUGUGUGACUUGAAUGGGAACAUGGAAUGGUAUUUCCAUACAUCUGCUGGCUUUGUACUAGGUCGUAGAGGCCGUGGUUUGGCAAAUGCCAAACUGCAUGUUUAGCAGAAGUUUGGCAAGUUACUUCAGUGCAUCUUGUAGAUGUUGCACAUUACUGCCACUGUGUGUUAUAGUUUUGAACAAAUUGAAUAUAGAUGAUUGUGGAUGGAUUACCUUGUCUUGGAUGGUAUUGAGCUUCUUGUGUUGUUGGAACUACAUCUAUCUAGGCAAGUGAAGUAUUCCAUCACACUCCUGAUUUGGUGCCUUUGAGAGGUUGGACAACCAUUCGUGACACUGGAAAUGGGUUUAUUGCUGCAGAAUUCCUUGUGCCCCAUCAUAUAUAUAUAAAAGUGAUUCAAUUUCAUUCUGUCAGAUUGAUGUUAUUGUAAGGUAUGCGGCUCUAGGUGACUGAGAGUGUUGGCUUUUACAAAGGAUUUUUAAAAUUUGUUUCUGAGCUGCAAUUGAAGACGCACUCUUACUUUGAAACCAUAAUUACCUUUAAGUAGGUUGUGGAUUAUGUGACACUGGACUAGAUCACUAGGUUAGUGAUCAAGUGAUUAUGAAGGAAUGAUGAUGUAACACGUGACUGGGAGGGGAACUUGUAGAUGGUAGGAUACCCUCGUGCCUGCCAUCCUUAAUCCUGAAGGCUGUAGAGAUUGUGUUGCCAAAUGCUUGAUUGAAGAACAAGUUUGUGUAUGGUGUUCAAGCCCAUUAAAUGAAAUUUAGAAAACCAAAAUGAUCUCUGCAAGAAUUGAAACUUGGUUGGAAGCAACAUGGCAUCUCAAAGUUCCUUCACAUUGGCUUCAGGCAUGUGUAGAGUGGAUUCAACAGGAGAACCAAGGUGUUACUUUAACGCAGGCCCAAAUCAACAAACAAGUUUUUGAGCAAUGGCUUCUUACUGAUCUCCGAGAUCUGGAGUAUCCAAUUUUGCCAGAAGGAAUCUCUGAAAUGCAGAAAUGCGACCUCAAUGGAUUUUACUGCUUGCAGAUUGAUUCACUAGUUGAUGUCAGCCAAGCUGCAUACAGCCAGCUGCAAAAAAUCAGGGGAAAGGACACUACUAAUGAACAAGUGACAUCAACACAAAUAUCGCAAAGAUCUUGGGAAGCAAAACCAACCCGAAUGUUGAUGCUGCAAUUAACGGACGGAGUCCAGGAGCUUCAAGGUAUGGAAUAUAAGCCUAUUCCUGCUUUGCAUAGCGGCCUUUUACCAGGCACAAAAAUCUUGUUGCUGGGUAAUAUUGCCUGCCGAUUAGGAGUUCUGCUUAUUAAACCUGAAAAUGUAAGGAUGUUGGGGGGUGAAGUGGAAUCUCUUAUGGAAGAAAACUCCCAAGAGAGACUACUUGCAAGGUUAAUUGGGGAACCAUAUGAUACUGCUGUAACCAGAGUGAAUAAUAAUCAAAAUACAGCCGAAAGGACUAAUGGGAUGCCUCAGCUCUUGGAACCUUCGGAUGAUGAGCUUUUGGCUGGUUUUGAUGAAAAUGAUCUGUUUUUGGAGUCCAGAAUUGAUUCUGAAAGUGGAUAUUGUAGUAGAACUGGCACUUUAAGUUGUGUUUCCAAUUGCACACAGCCUUUGAGCAGCAGAUGGCAAAGUAUGGACUCCCAGACUCCAGAAAUGUCCAGAGGAUUUCAAAGAGAAGAUAGGGAAUUAAUAGAUUGUAAUGAUGAAGACUUUGAUGAGUUUCCCAUGGAUGAAUUUGAUGAUUUGUUCAUCCAGGGUGAAUUGAAUGCAGAAACUGAGCAUGAUAGAGCAAUGAGCCAGUCCCCAAAAUCUCUCAAAUCCUUAGUAGAACAGCCACAGAGAAAUAACGUAAAGCAUGUUGCAGAAGCAACAGAUAGCAGACCCAGUACAUGCCAUGAGCAAAGUGUAUUAGCUGCUGAUAAUACUUCUGGCUCUCAAAUAAAAAGCCAAGCUAACCUUCUUAAAAGUGGCAUACAUACUGAAAAUGCAAGGCCGGGUUCCAUGCUAAAUGAUCACAAUUCCAUGAAAAAGACAGGCAUUACUCCUGUGGAAGGAAUAAAUAAUACAACUGUUCUCACUACGGAACUGAGAAAGGAACAGCUUAAUUCAUUAACGCUGUAUGAGUCCUUUGACAGAAGGCCAAAGAACGACUCUGUACCUGAAAUUCUGUGCACCAUGUCUAAAGUAAUUUCAGGUUCUUCUGGCACUGGAGGCAAUUUUCAUAAUGAUGAUGCAGGAAUAAGCAAUAUGAAUGGAAGAAAGGUCAACGAUCAAUUUGUGGGAUUGAAUUCUCUACCGUUUACAUACCUAAAUAUUCUUUUAGAUAAGAAACCUGAUGUAAUAACUGUGGUACAAAUCAAAGGGUUCAUUGUUACCUUACUGGACAAACUCACAAGUAAUGAUGGACUGUGGAGUAUUAAAGCUAGAAUAUCAGAUGGUACUGCCUACAUGGAUGUAGAACUUGGUGAUAACAUUUUGAGAAGCUUGAUUGGUUUUUCAGUAGCUGAAAUGAGAAACUCAAUAAAAUGUCCUAAUCAACAGCAAAAGAUAACCGUGGGGUUACAAAAAUGCCAACAGGAGUUGGUGGACCUUUGUUGUCUAAUGACUAUUGAAUUUAACCCAACUCUAACUACUGCUAGAGUCUUGGCUUUCCGUGAAGUAACUGUAGAAGACCUGCAGCAUUUAGAAUGCCGGGUACAUUCAGAAAGAAUGGUGAUUAAAUAAUUAAACAACUGGAGUUUGAGAUUUAUUUUCUGUGUGCUAUUGCAUUACAGAUUUGGAGGAUUAUUUUAAUCAAAUUAAAAUACAUGUGUUUAACUUGUGAAAUUUGACUUCUGAAAAAUAAACAAUUUUUAAAAUG